CAAAAUGCUAUUGGUGGUGGAAUGCUACCACAGUAAAAAUGCCAUGCCGCUGGUGAAACAUGGUAAAAUGUUGUUAUAAUUUUGUUAGUAUUGAGUUAAAUUCAGGGACAAAAUCUGAAAAAAGAAAAAGAAGUUGAGAAUCAGCAGAGGCUUGCUUUCCACCACCACAACAACCCUAAAAAUGCAGCUAGCGCUCCAGAGGAAUGGAUUAGAUUAAGAAAAGUUUAUUUGUUUGAGUGUCUUAGACCUAAAUGUACUUUUUGCACGAAUUUAAAACUGCCACUUACAGUGGCUCUCAGUCUAACAUGACUGAGCUUGAGCUAUUUUCCAAAGAAUAAUGGACAAUAACGUCAAUCUCUGGCUGGGCGAAGCUGGUACAGGCCAGUGGUGGAGAAAGUACUCAAAAAAUGUACUUAAGUAAAGUAAGAAAGUAAUUCCCACCACUGGUACAGGCAUCCCACAAAUAACAGCAGUGAAAGGUAGCUCUACAAAGUUCUGGCUCAGGGGUAGCUAAACAUAAGUGCAAGUCACAAAAAAAGGAGAAAUGAAAAAAAAAGAGAAAAAUAUGCACGUCACACUUUUCAGAAUGCAUAAUUUUUCUUCUUCUUUCUAAUUAUGCACUGUUUGUAGUUUUAAUGUGAAGAAAUGUGAGGCUUUGUUAUUGUUUCCUACAGGAUGGUGGUUUGAUCUUCCUGUUUCCAGCCAUUCAUUCCCUUGAUGAAAAGCAUUAAACUCAUUCAGCGAAUUAUUUAUUUAUUUUUUUUUUUCUUCAGAGUGCACUCUAAAACUUUCCUAUAACCGGGCCGCCUUGCCUUAAAUAGACUGAGCCAAUAAAAAGGUGACUUUAUUCUCCAAACCUUUCAGCCCCGUCAUAUGUUUUUGGGUCAUGUAUUUUGUCACUGGUUCCAUUUGGCUCGUCCAAAAGGUUUCUUCUCCAGAUUACAUUUUCAGACAGCCCCCCCUUUUUCCUUGUUGUUUUUACAAAGCCUUUGGUUGUUCACUCUCUUUCCCCCCCUCCACCCGACUGGAUGAAGUUUCAACUUCGGUCUUUCAGGACAAGCUGGAGUCUGAGGCAGAUCCAAACUCCAAACGUUCAACAGAAAACCACAAAGGCAAUAGUACAGUUUUCCAAACCAAUUAAAAGUUUUCAUGUUUAAACACUAGAAAAAUACCAGACAUCUGUAAUGUGCAGGAAAAUCUUUUUUCUUUCUUUCUUUCUUUUUUUUGUUUAAACCAUUUUCGGUUGAGAUUAAAAUUGAAGCCAAGUACUCUGUCGAUGUGGAGAGGAAUCUCUAAAGUUUUCCAAAAGGUUGAUUAUUUCGCGAUGUCAGUGAAUGUUUGCACUUUCUACUCUCUGUUCUCAGUCACUCAUUGGAAUUGUGUGCAUCAGAGAAACCCAUUGCUGUAAGCAAGAGGGCAAUACUGAAACCUCUCAUGUUUCCAGAAAGAAACUUUAAAUUAUCCAAUGAUCUUUUAACACCUCUGAUAUUGUGAGGAUCUGGUGUUAAUUUAGGUUUCUGUGUUUUUUCAGUUGAGCAUCCCUGUUGUUCCCGUCUCCCCUUGAUUGUCCCCAGCUGUCCCUCUUUUCCCCUGAUUAUCUUCCCCAGUCUUUAUACCCACCUGUGUGUCUUGCUCCCUGUCAGGUCCUCGUCUACUGACAUUUGUCUGUUGUCGUUAAUUAUUUACCCGUUGCUACCAGAGUCGGAGCUUCUGCCACUGCUCUUCUGUGCUGCCUGGAUUUUGUGUCCAUUUAAAAACCAUCAUUUGCAUCAUAACCUGGGUCCUACCGCAUCUACCUCACCACUUCAAACCCAACCUCAUGACAGAUAUUGUGUAUACCAAGAGGCUUUUUUUUUUUUUUUUUUUUUUGGGAAAAACAGGAGGAAAUCCAGCUGGGACACAUUGCCCCAGUGGCAGUUCUCGCAUGAUUGCUGAUUUAGUCAAGCCCCUCCUUGUGCUGCCUCCAAACCAUGACAAAAUGAGAUUCUGGGUUGGCAUAAAGUGCGGUCCAGUCUCCCACAGAACACGUAAACUGGAGUUGCUGUUCUCAGUAGCAAGCAGGAGACGCCUAGUCUACGAAAGUGGAUGCUAACUCCCCAUUGACUUCACAUGCAUAAAAGUAAUUGAAAUUUAUUUAGGGGACAGCUGACAACUAACUACCUUGAUUUUUUUUUCUCAGUCUUUUACUCAUUGAAUGUCCUUUAAAAUGCUGGGGGAGCUGACCCAAGGUUAUAUGAGACCUUGAGCACAAUGGUUAAUUUCUCAACUCUCACUGUCUGAACUACACUUGGCGUACCCAGGCCAGCAGGGGGCCCUUUCUAUUCACAAACAAGUUCUGAACCUGUCUUGCAUGAGAUGAGACUUGACACUCUGUGUGCAAUAAAUCUGCAUAACAUUUUUUUUUUAAAUUGUUGCCUUAAACUAAUAGAUUAACUUUCCAGUUUUGUUCUAAUGAAGUGAGAUGUUCCUUUUAAGAGGGUUUUGAAAUCGAUGUCUGCAUGUUCCUCUUGAGUCAGAUUUAGUUCUUAGUAUUGGUUAUGCUGAUGAACUUUUCUCAGCAUAAACUAAUUUCUUGUUUUCCUGGUAUUUUAGAACUCAGCUUAAAAGGUCUUGAAGAAUAAUGAGCAUGUGUGACUUGAAACGCCGUAUUUAACAAAACAGGAAGGCAAAAACCGCACUCUUUGUAAGCAGGCGGGUUGAUAACUCAUGUCAGACAUCCUGAUGAAAAAUCUUCAAACAGUCAGAAACGCUUGUAGUCACGGGAGCAACACCUGUGGUGGCUUCUUGCGGAUGAAGUUCAAAAUGAGCUCCAAUGACAACAUAACCACUACUGCAACCAGCAACACCACCGAUCUAUGCGUCAGCAGCGUCCUGGAGGGUUUGGGUUACAGUCUUGUGUUUCUCCUCGGUCUUGUCAUCAACGGCGCUGCUCUGUGGGCCUUCGUCGCAAAGCGGGCCUCCUGGACCGACACCCACAUCUACAUGCUGAACUUGGCUCUGGCUGACUUUCUCCUGGUCCUUUUCCUUCCCUUCAGGAUUUACGACGCCUUUUUCUGCCUGCCCAAGACUUGGCUCUGCACUUUCCUAAUUUUUAUUCACUUCACCAACAUGUACGCCAGCAUCCUGACCACGUCAGCCGUCAGCCUCCACCGCUACCUGACCAUCAGGUUCCCGCUGCAGGCCAGAUCAUGGAAGAGGAGGAAGGAGGCAGCUGUCGCCGUCUGCUUGCUCAUCUGGGUGUUUCUGAUUUCAGUUGUUGUUGUUUUUCACAAGGUUAACCUUCCUGAAAAACUCUGGUCAUGCUAUGAAAGAUGUAAAAAUAACAGAAUCAGUCCAGAAUUCACCUCGAUCCUGUUGUCUCUCGGCUACCUGGCUCCUCUGCUGAUAAUUGUGUUCUGUUCCAGUCAGAUCAUCCGUAUUUUGGGGAAAGAACUAAACAAGUCAGAGGAAAGGAAAAGUAUUGUGGGAAUAAUAAAAGCAAACAUGAUUGUGUUUCUUGUCUGCUACACACCAAUUCACAUUGCGCAUGUGGUAAGUUUGCUCUACAAGGUUCCAGAAAACUGGAGGGACGUUUAUCUACCAAGUCAUAAGUUUCUACAAGUGUCUGAGUGGAUCGCCUCCACAAACUGCUGCUUUGAUUCCAUCAGCUACUAUUUUUUAUUAAAGACGUUUUACGCUCGGUGACACCUUAGAGCUGUCGGGUCAAAGGCUAAGAAAGUUAAGGCAGACGGGCAAGGCGUUUAGUUCUGACUGAGUCCCAUUCUGUUGUUACAUUGCAGGGUUUAUCUUUCCCUGCUGUCAGAGCCGGCCCAAUGUUCAUUAAAAUUCCAAAAUACUUUAUUGAUCUCAAAGGUAAAUCAAAUCAAAAGACGUAGCAGAUAGCAGAGCAUCAUUUCGAGCUCCGCUUUCAGGGACGCCCACCUUUCACCACAUACCCACUUCUUCUGAUCAUUUCCUCAGCUAUUUUGAGUUCAACUUGUUUUAUAGUUUCUAACUGCAUAAACAGAUAUGGGAAGCUGUAUGUUGUGCUGUAUUUCAAGUGCUGAAAUGAAUGAAUGUUGUAAUAUUUCAGUUUACUGAUAAGUCCUGUAUGUCAGCUCAGAUGUUGGCAACAAUGAAAGUAAAAUACUUUUCACAA